AUGAAACUUCUACUAUUCCUCUGCAUUUCUUUGGCAUCUUCUGACAUUCCAGAACAUUCAGUGGUCCGAAACGUUCCACCUGAAAGCGACAAAGAUACUCCGGAAGCCGUCUGGAACUUCAAGUCCACCAUCGAUUGUGUUUUGCAUUACAGUGGCUUGGUCGGGACUUGAGUUUAACUAGAUAAUAGUCAAAUUUUCAGAUUUACAACGGCUACGGCUGCUAUUGUGGCCUGGGCGGAUCUGGAGUGCCAGUGGAUGGAAUCGAUGAGUGUUGUAUGGUGCAUGACAACUGUUAUGGAGACGCUGUGAGCUCUGGGGUACGGCUUUUCCCGGUCGACACACCAUGAGCUUGCUUUUCAGCUGUGCGGAAGCAUGACCAUCUACAUAACGGACUACACUUGGAGGUGUGAUAACUCAACUAUCACCUGCGCUCGUAAGUUUGUCAACCAUCAUAUCUUUUCCACGUUUUCCACCGCUCACACAUUCCAGACAACGCGCAAGGAUGUCCGGCGGCACUUUGUCAAUGCGACAAGAAGGUCGUCGAGUGCUGGGGACAGUUUCCGAAACCCGAGAAGAAGGAAAAGUGCGUCAAGAAGACCAUUGCGCAUACCGAGCAUUGA